AUGAAGGUCGCUGACGGAGGUGUUCCGGAAGUCCUCCAGCGAGGCGCCCAGCAGGACAAGGGAGAGACGGCGCGCCUGCAAUACUUUGUGGGUGCGAUCGCCGUCGGCGAGCUGGUCAAGUCGACUUUAGGCCCCAAAGGCCUCGACAAGAUCCUCACGCCGAUGCAGGCGAUGGAGGGCAGCCGCUACGGCAAGACGAUCAUCACCAACGACGGCGCGACUAUUCUGAAGAGCGUCUGGCUAGACAACCCCGCGGCGAAGAUUCUCGCAGACGUCGCGCUCCAGCAAGACGUGGUGUGCGGCGAUGGAACUACCGGCGUAGUCGUCCUCGCCUCUGAGCUGCUGAAGCAGGCCGAGGAACUCGUGAACCAAAACAUCCAUCCUCAGAUCAUCACCGCGGGCUACCGCAAAGCGCUCGCCGUCGCGCGCCAGCGCCUGCAGCAAGUCUCCUUCGGCUGCGAAGAAAACCGCCUGCGCGAGUAUCUGAUGAACGUCGCCCGCACGACUCUGUCUUCGAAGCUCCUCACUCACGAGAAGGAGCACUUUGCGACGAUCGCGGUGGAUGCGAUUCUCCGCCUGAAGGAACACGCUUCCUCGCUCGACCUUGUUCACAUCAUCAAGAAGCCUGGCGGCUCGCUGCGCGACUCCUUCCUCGAUGAAGGGUUCAUUCUCGAGAAGCGCAUCGGCGCCUGCCAAGCCAAAGUCCUCGAGGACUGCAAAAUUAUGGUUGCCAACACGCCGAUGGACACCGACAAAAUUAAGAUUUACGGCGCGCGCGUCUCGGUUGACUCCUUCGAGGCCGUUCAGGCACUGGAGCUCGCAGAGAAGGAAAAGAUGAAGCAAAAGGUGGAUAAGAUUGCGGCCUACGGCUGCAACGUGUUCAUCAACCGCCAGCUGAUUUACAACUACCCCGAGCAGAUCUUCCAGGAUCACAAAAUCCUCGCGAUUGAGCACGCGGACUUUGACGGCAUGGAGCGUCUCGCCGCGGCUCUCGGCGCGGAGAUCAUCUCCACCUUCGAUGCGCCCGACCCGAGCAAGCUGGGAUACUGCAAGAAGGUUGAGGAGAUCAUGAUCGGAGAGGACAAGGUCAUUCGCUUCUCGGGAUGCAAGCGCGGCGAGGCCUGCACCAUCGUUCUGCGCGGCGGCAGCGAGCACGGACUGGAGGAGGCGGAGCGUUCGCUCCACGACGCGCUGGCGAUCCUCUCUCAGCUCGUUCUUGAGCAGAAGGGAGAGAAGCAAAGCGGCCUGGACACCUCGUUCGCCGGCGUUCGCGAGGCCCUCGACCUCGCCUCGGGUUCCAAAGAUGCGCAACCUCUCGUCGUCUGCGGCGGAGGUGCUGCGGAGAUGGCGAUGGCGGCGGCUGUCGAGGAGCUCGCGCGCAGCGAGGCCGGCAAAGUGAGCCUCGCGAUUGAGGCCUUCGGCAAGGCGCUCCGUCAGAUCCCGACGAUCAUCUUGGAGAACGGCGGUCUGGACAGCGCGGAGAUUGUCUCGCAUUUGCGCGUGGCUCACCUGAAGGGCGAACACACCAUGGGCGUCGACAUCGACAACGGCUGCGUGACUGACAUGCGCAGCAAGGGAGUCCUCGAGGCCUACAAGAGCAAACUCUCGCAGAUUUGCUUCGCCGCUGAGGCUGCCGAAAUGAUCGUUCGCGUCGAUGACAUCAUUCGCUGUGCUCCGCGCGAGAGAUCUGGAAUGUAG